UGAGACCAUGAGAGAUAAAAAAAAAAAACCAACACAGACAGACAUGCACGCGCACACGCACCGUCACAUGACCAACACACCGGGUCACGUGACUAUGAACAGUCGCGCGCGGUGCAGUUCUGUUGUGUAGCUUAGCAUGAACAACACUCUGUUCGGAAAGUGGAUCGCAGGCCUGUGCUGACAGGUAGCCAGUUGGCUAAUCAGUCUACUCAGUCAUCAGUCAGUCGCUUGUGCUCCUCCUGCAUCGAUGGCAGUGACAACAAAUUCCUCAAGUUUCCCAAUGUAAAGAGUCCUGCGAGUCAGAUCUGCAGGGUGGAAACACCGGCUGGAGUAACACUGUCGUCCUUGAGGAAGGAAACCUGUCUUCAUGCCGAGUGAGCAGGAGAAAACACCAGCCCGUGUUACACUGACACAAUGAGCGGCACACAACAGCAUGACCUGAAAAGACAAAACCUUUUGGAAAGAUUGCUCGAUGCAGUCAAACAGUGCCAAAUUCGCUUUGGUGGAAGGAAGGAGAUUGCCUCAGACUCUGACAGCAGGGUCAUAUGCCUGUGUGCCCAGUUUGAGGCUGUACUUCAGCAUGGACUGAGGAAGAGUCGAGGCCUGGCCCUUACUGCUGCGGCUAUAAAGCAGGUUGCUGGCUUCAUCAGCAGUACAGAAGGAGAUCUGACAUUCUGGUUCUACGUGAAAGAGCAUCUGAAUCGCCAUGAACUGCAGCGUUUCUACUCUCUAAGGAACAUCUGGUCUGAGCUGGGACGAGGCAGGGCUUGGCUGCGCUGUGCCCUCAACGAGCACUCUCUGGAGCGCUACCUUCACAUGCUGCUGGCUGACCGCUCUCGGCUAAGUGCAUUCUAUGAAGAGUGGGCUUUUAUCCUUGAUGAGGAGAGAGCCAGUAUGCUUCCCACUAUGGCUGCAGGACUGAACUCCAUCUUGUUUGCCAUAAACAUUGACAACACAGAUCUGAAUGGGCAGCAACGCACAGGACCGUCUGUCUCGCUUCUGCUGAAAGAGUCCACACAGGGCAUGAGCAGUCUAUGGAAGGAGUCGGCGCAGGGAGUCAGCACCCUGCUCAGAGAGAUUGGCACUGCCACAGCUGUGGUGCCUGGUUUUGCACCACGCUCAGACUGCCCCUCUGACCCCCUGCCUGUCCUGCCCCGAAGCACUUCCGCAGACUCUGGUUUGAGGAAGGAGCGCAGGAGGAAGAAGAAAAUCACUAACAUCAUUUCAUUUGAUGAUGAUUUGGAUGCGGGCGCAGAGGAUGAAGAUGAGGGAUGUGGGGGCAUCGGAACGAGUCUGAGGAAGGGUACAACGGGAGACGUGAACUCUGAGGACGCUUGUGAGUCGUCCCCUUUACAGAACGGCCUGCCUGAGCCAGAGCAUGGAAUCAUUAAUUGGGCUGAAAGUCCUCCACAGAAUGGGGUUCUUCUCGACACUAAAAGCAUUGACCAUGAGGAAGACGAGGAUGAGGAUUUUUAUGGAAAGAGUCGACCAGUGCUUCAGGAAGAGCAUGGAAAUGAGGAACAGGUUGUAAUUGGAAGUUUGUCCAGUGUUUCAACUUGGAGCCCCAGGCCUAUAAUCACAGAUGCUGAUAACGACAGCUCAGACAUCCUUAUCCCUGUUACUACAGCAGAGACCCACAGCUUAAAAGUUGACGACUCUGUUGAGACGAUAGGAUUUCAUGAGCAAACAGAAAGCUCAAGUCCAACCACUGACACCGAAAAACCAAAAGCUGAGGUCGAGUUCAGCAUGGAAUCCAGCUUGUUGAGCCAGAAUACCUCUGUAAGCAGUAUAGUGAUCAGUCCUAGCCUGCCUGACUCUAUGACUAUGGCCGAACUACGUCAAGCUAUUGUGGCCAUGAUGAACAGGAAGGAUGAGCUCACUGAGCAGAACACGUCUCUGCGCAGUCUGCUGGAUGGAGAGAUGGAACACUCAGCUGGGCUGCGGCUCGAAGUCGACAGUCUGAAGAAGAAACUGGCUGACCUGGAGGAGAGACACACAGCUAAAGUUCAAGCCCUUGGGAGGGAAAAUGAGGUGCUGAAGGUCCAGUUGAAGAAAUAUGUAGGUGCUGUCCAAAUGCUGAAGAGAGAAGGCAAACAGAGCAUUGACUCUCUGCCCACUCUAAGGAACUGUGAAGGCUCUGCUCCAGCUGUGCAGCACAGGUCAAUGGCAGAUGUGGAGGAGUUGGCAUCUAGCUAUGAGCGGAAACUCAUCGAGGUGGCUGAGAUGCAUGGUGAGCUAAUUGAAUUCAACGAGAGGCUGUAUCGUUCACUUAUAGCUAAAGACAACCUGAUCGGCCAGAUGAGACAGGAGCUUAUCGACCUACGAGGCCCGGUGCCUGGAGACCUGAGUCAGACCUCUGAUGAUCCCAGUCUCUCUGACUUUGAGACAGCUCACCGCGCUCUUGUCAAUGUGUGGAUCCCCUCCGUCUUUCUGCAAGGCCGGGCUGCCAACGCCUAUCACAUCUACCAGGUAUACAUCCGGAUCUUGGACAACGAGUGGAAUGUGUAUCGGCGUUACGCAGAGUUCAGAGCGCUCCACAAUCAUCUGCGUGUCAAGUACCCUCAAGUCGACACGUUCAGCUUUCCCCCUAAAAAGGCGAUCGGAAACAAGGAUGCCAAGUUUGUUGAGGAAAGAAGGAAGCACCUGCAGUGUUACCUGCGCAUGGUGAUGAACAAGCUUAUCCAGACGCUGCCUGAGUUCACUGCCUGUCCUUCCAAGGAAACACUGCUACAGCUGCUGCCUUUCUGUCAAGACACUCCGGCUGCCAUUGAGAGCGGGGGUAAAACAAGUCGAUCAAAAGCAUCGUCUCGUUUCCCUCGGCUGGGACGAAAUUCUGGCCGUGAUGCACGCAACCCAGAGCCCCAGAGUGGUGACCUUUAACCUCCUAUUCACACAGUACAUGUUGGGAGAGAUACUGACCUCUGGCCUGACCAAUGAAUUGUGGAUUACACACAGUCUGUUGUCUUGACCUUCAGACCUGAGGCUCAAUUCCAUAAAACACCUUUUCCAUUAUGGAUGUACAUGGAGACAAGAGAUGAUUCGAAGAACUGGAGUCCAACAACUUUUCUUUUCUCUCAGUGGUGUAUGGAGAUUUCUGUUACUUCGGUUCCUAGUGUUUUAUAGUGGACACCAUGAAAGAGAGCAGGGUGUACUUCUUGCAUAAUUGUAAAUCCCUGAUUUAGUGAAAUUUGUGGAUUCACUUUGAAAUAACUUGCACAUGACCAUAUACUCGACCAAAAUAAAGGGGAAGUACCGUCUUUUA